GUAAAAUGUAUAAAAUUCAUUAAGUUUGUAAACUAUACUAAUUGCUGAAUAUCCUUCAGUGACUGAAAUAGUGACAAAAGAGAAAUUGUAAUCUUAAAACCCUGGGCCUAGAAAAAGCGUUAUACUACAGUCCACACCUCCACGAGCGCAUGCGCACAGUCUUAUCGUGACGCAUUAAGAGUGCGCCGAGAGUCGCUGUGUCAUGGAAGAGGAGUAUUACGGCACGGCUGGAGACUGGGAUGCUCCAGAUGGCAACUCGGAGGAUGGCUAUGCGGAAGGAGAGUCGGACGGGAAAAUACAGGAGGAGUGUCUGCAGAAAUUCUCCAGCAGAGAUUACAUAAUGGAACCCGCCGUGUUCAACACACUAAAAACGUAUUUUCAGGCGGGCGGAUCCCCAGAACAUGUGAUUCAGCUUCUUUCUGAAAACUACUCUGCUGUGGCACAGACCGUUAACCUGCUUGCUGAAUGGUUAAUCCAGAUGGGUAUGGAGCCGGCACAGGUGCAGGAGCGGGUGGAAAAUCACCUCAAGAGUCUUUUGAUCAAACACUUUGACCCCCAAAAAGCUGACUCCAUCUUCACAGUGGAAGGAGAGACCCCAGCCUGGCUUGAGCAGAUGAUUGCCCACACGACCUGGAGAGACCUCUUCUAUAAGCUGGCGGAGGCCCACCCCGACUGCCUGAUGCUCAACUUUACCGUCAAGCUCAUCUCGGAUGCUGGCUACCAGGGCGAGAUUACCAGCGUGUCCACAGCCUGUCAGCAGCUGGAGGUUUUCUCCCGCGUGCUGCGCACCUCCCUGGCCACCCUGCUGGAUGGAGGGGAGGACAACCUGGAGAAGAACCUUCCAGAGUUUGCUAAGAUGGUGUGUCAUGGCGAGCACACAUACCUAUUUGCCCAAGCCAUGAUGUCCAUCCUGGCCCAGGAAGAGCAGGGCGGCUCAGCCAUGCGGCGGAUUGGCCAGGAGGUGCAGAAGUCCGCCCAUCAGAGGGGCCAUGAUGCCAGCCAAAUCACGCUGGCACUGGGCACAGCGGCAGUCUACCCCCGUGCGUGCCAGGCCUUGGGGGCCAUGCUGUCCAAGGGCGCGCUCAACCCCGCUGACAUCACCGUGCUCUUCAAGAUGUUCAGCAGCAUGGACCCGCCCCCCGUGGAGCUGAUUCGAGUGCCUGCAUUCCUGGACCUCUUCAUGCAUUCUCUGUUCAAGCCUGGGGCCAAAAUAAACCAGGAUCACAAACACAAGUACAUCCACAUCCUGGCCUAUGCUGCCAGUGUGGUGGAGACCUGGAAGAAGAACAAGCGGGUAAACAUCAACAAGGACGAGCUGAAGUCCACGUCCAAGGCCAUCGAGACGGUGCACAACCUGUGCUGCAAUGAGAACAAGGGGGCCACCGAGCUGGUGGCUGAGCUGGGGACCCUGUACCAGUGCAUCCGCUUCCCAGUGGUGGCCAUGGGGGUCCUCAAAUGGGUGGACUGGACGGUUUCGGAGCCUCGCUACUUCCAGCUGCAGACGGACCACACCCCCGUCCACCUGGCUCUGCUGGAUGAGAUAAGCACUUGUCACCAGCUCCUGCACCCUCAAGUUCUACAGCUGCUAGUCAAGCUGUUUGAGACUGAGCAUUCACAGCUGGAUGUCAUGGAGCAGCUGGAGUUGAAGAAGACCCUCCUGGACCGCAUGGUGCACCUGCUCAGCCGAGGUUACGUCCUGCCGGUGGUUGGCUACAUCCGCAAGUGCUUGGAAAAGCUCAACACUGACAUCUCGCUCAUUCGCUACUUCGUUACGGAGGUCCUAGAUGUGAUCGCGCCCCCCUACACCUCUGACUUUGUGCAGCUCUUCCUCCCCAUCCUGGAGAACGACAGCAUCGCUGGCACCAUCCGCACCGAGGGCGAGCACGACCCCGUGGCCGAGUUCAUUGCUCACUGUAAAUCCAACUUCAUCAUGAUGAACUGAAGCCUCCAGACCAGGCUGCGAUGGACCGGCUGGUCGUGCAGGGAGGGGGCGGUUCUGAUCGGCACUGAAGGAUGAGUGUUGUCCCAGUAGGUCAGCGCAUCCCGUACUGGGAUGGCUGGAACUGAGUGGAGGGCAAAAGACCAGGCUCCUGUUGAUGUGGGGCGGAUGCGAGUGUGUAUAUGGAUGAAGAGAUCGGCCAUUUGGAAGUCGGGGCAGUCAGUGUCAGUGCAGCAAACUGGUCAGUAUCACACAGCAGGACUGAGGACAACUCGCACAUUCUAGCUGUAAGGUGCUUUUUUUUGUUUUUGGGAGAUUUAAAACAAGUCAUUUUUCCAUUUUAUCCAUAAUUACAAUGUAAACAUUGAUUUUUUUUUUUUUACAAAAAGUAUUACUUUAUAUAAAUGUGAACAUGUAAAAAAUAAAUGUUUAGAUUUACCCCGCCCCCUCCACUUUCUGAUCUUGCCUAAAAUUAAACAUGCAUUAAUUCAAAAA